AGGGGAGGCGGUGUGGAACGGAGGGUGAGAAGAGGGGGCUGAGAUGCUCGUUUCAGCACCGCGGACAGCUCCCGGUGAAAGCAGCCAGCUGCAGCGGUUCUCUCCUCUCCGCUACUCUGGAAAAGAAGAGAACAAUCAAAUUUGAGAUAUUUUUUCACCUCUAUAAGACCGAAAAUAAGAUUUUUUUCGAGGAGGGGACUAAGUUUAAUUCAGUCCGGAUCAGGCGACAUAUUUGUAGCGAGAGGCUACAGACAAAACCAUUACAGGACUCCCGAGGUUUGCGUGUGCAAUCUCUGCGAAGUUUCUCGCCACUGAAAGGUAUUCUGCCUUCUCCCACUGGUCUGCACAGCCCGGAAAAUCGGUUGGUGUUCAAGGGAAGUUGAAGAGAAAGUGACACCACAUCAGCACCUUAUCCUGGUUGGACUAUAUCCUAAUAUAAGUUGUUCUUUUUUCGUUUACCCAGUUCUAUUGCGUAAUUUUUGGUUGUGUGUGUGCAGAAGGAUUUAUAUUUCUUGGAUAAUACUUCUAGUAGCAAAUAGGCAAGCAAGACAAGUUUUUUUUCUUCAUUCGGUGCUAUAGGCAUCGUACAGCCUCCAGCCUGCAGAACCACCGGUCCACCCCACCACCACCUCCUCCCCAUGUAAUGCUCUUACAUUAGCCACUGAUGCAAGGCUUUGAUGCGCCCGGAUACAUUUCUCUCUCGCAGCACUGAUUCUUUCCUCCUCCAAGUCGCCCGUCUCAGCCUUCUUUCAAUUUAACAAUCACAAAGGGACGCCCCGGACUGCAAUCCUCCCCCCAUUUUCGACAACUGCUACAGACUGGUAGGUGAUAAUGGCAAUGGAUCGAUGAUAAAUGCUUAUUUAGAUUAUUGUUGGAUGAAGUUGGAGGCCCUGCAUCCACACAAAAUAACCAAAGUCACAGCUUAGCAACUUUUAACAUCCUGAUCCGUCGCUUUUUCUUCUUUUUUGAGACUUGCUGUAGAGAUAGGUGUAGUAGUUUGUAGCAGUCCAUGACGGAAACGAUGGCGCUGAGUGGAAACUGUAGGACUAACCCCAAAGAGCAAGCAUCAGUUCAGAACAGUUUCCCAGAUGUUGUUGAAUUAAACGUAGGGGGGCAGGUUUAUUACACCCGUCACUCGACUUUGGUGGGCACCCCGAAUUCAUUACUCGGUAAGCUAUUCUCCUCCAAAAAAGAUGCAUCUAAUGACUUGGCGAGAGACCCCAAGGGCCGUUAUUUCAUUGACAGGGACGGGUUUUUAUUCCGAUAUGUGUUGGACUACCUCCGAGACAAGCAAGUCGUCCUCCCGGACCACUUCCCGGAGAAAGGGAGACUCAGGAAAGAGGCGGAGUACUUCCAGUUACCCGACUUGGUGAAGCUCCUGACCCCUGACGAUAUCAAGCACAGCCCGGACGACUACUUCCACAGCGACUAUGAAGAUGGGUCGCAGGGCAGCGACAACCGGCAGUGUCCGCCGCCCUCUCUCGUCCCAGCGGACAGAAAGAGCGGCUUCAUCACGGUGGGGUACCGGGGUUCGUGCACCAUGGGCCGAGAGAGUCAGACCGACGCAAAGUUCAGGAGGGUGCCUCGGAUACUGAUAUGUGGGCGGGUCGCCCUUGCCAAAGAAGUUUUUGGGGAGACCCUGAACGAGAGCCGGGACCCGGACAGAACCCCGGAUCGGUACACCUCUCGGUUUUACCUCAAGUUCAAGCACUUGGAGAGGUCUUUUGACAUGCUGUCGGAGUGUGGUUUCCAAAUGGUGGCCUGCAACUCAUCAGUCACAGCCUCGUUUGUCAACCAGCACACAGAGGACAAGAUCUGGUCGAGCUACACAGAAUACGUCUUCUACCGUGGUCCAUCACGUUGGUCCUCCCCUCCAUGUGACUGCUGCUGCAAGAACCACAAGGGCGACGGAGAGGGCGAGAGCGGCACCUCUUUUAAUGAGCUCUCCACCUCCAGCUCUGAGAGCCAGUCAGAAGCCAGCUCUCCCCAGGGAACAGUCAUCUGUGGACCGGUCAACCGCCAGUCACACCCUCACGCUAAUGUCCAAACCCUGGACAGGCCUGCGAAAAAGGGCCCCAUUACCAUGCUUCAGCAGUCUGACCAGCGGCGAAAGAGUGACUUGCUGCGCACGCUUACAGCAAGCUCCCGCGAUACCAGCACCUGCAAGAAAAGGCCAGCGAAAGAGAAGCUGACAGUUGAAGAGGAGCUGGAUAAGUGCAUUCAAGACUUCCGCAAGAUCAAGAUCCCGGAGAGGUUCCCUGAGAGGAAGUACAUGUGGCAGGCCGACCUGCUGAGAAAGUACCGCCUCUGAGCCAGGAAACAGGACAGAGGUAGCAGACGCAUAAGGCCAAGGAUCAGUUUACAUGUUUUUUGAUCUUGACUUUUGCAACAAAGGGGAGAUAACAAUUAACUCAUUUGAAUCCACACCUUUAUGCCAGAUGGAUGAAAGUCUACAAAGAAGCUAGUAAGAAGCAUAAAAAAUCUUAUUGACAUAUGUAGUGCAUAUGUGUGUGUGUAUGUAGUUUAGGCCUACUGUAUGUACUUUAAGUAUGUGCUGUACCUUGCUGAAUGCUUCAGAGCUAUGAAUAAUGUAUCCCUGAGGACUAAUCCAAGUGGGCGAAAGACAUCCUCUAUGAACCGAUCAACCAACCGAUUGCUUGCUAAUGGAUAUUUAGCAUUAAUGGGGGUUGCCGAGGGUUUACUGGACUGCACACACUAUCAUCUGUCAAAAUUUCUCUG